UAUAAUAGAAUGAAAAUUAAUGACAUCCAAAUGGGGCUUACAAGGAUAUACUUUCUCUGAAGGCAAAUUGUAAUAAUAAUACGCAGUUCUUAUUUUAAGGUAUGAAAAUAAAAAAUGGCAGCUGAUACUACCAAAAAUCGUACCUGAGCAAUUCCGAGCUGGACGACUGAUGACGAGCACGAACGUGAUCUUCCGGUAUUGAAACAAAGGCGUCGACGUGUAUCAUAGUCGCCCCUCCAAUGCUUAAGUCAGAGAGAGAAUUUGUGCGUAAGACUAUGAACUGAAAAUUAUGUAAAACAUACCUGAAUAAUGAUCAAGGGCUUUGUAUUUAUAGAGGUAGGUGGUGUGUUCAUACUAGGAUUCCGUAGUGCACUUGUAAUAGGACAGCUUGAUUUUGCAAUCUUAUUCCAAUGAGUCCUACGCGAGAUAGGAGUUUGAAUUGUGGUAUAACUGGGAUACCAAUUAUUUAAUAGAGUUCUUCUGGGCAUAGGAGACAUGGGUUGAGGAGUUUAAGUCAGAAUAAAUUUCUUAUUGGAUAAGGUGUUGACGUCGGGGACAUGUCGAGGACAUAAUCCCGAGGACAUGACGAACGACGUUCCACAAACUCUUAGGUCAAGAGCUCGGGCAUGUGAAAGACAUCCCGAGCAUACUGAUACACAAAUCGACAAAAUAGAGUCCUCGGGUUUGUAUACGUCGGGAACAGUAGUUGGUAACAUCAGUGGCCCCUAUGCACCUGUGCUCGAUUAUAUGCAUGAGGAUAGGUGCAAAAGAUCAAAAUUACAGUCCUCAGUAUAAUACCCUCGACAAUUCAUUGCAGAGGAAGGAUUCGUGAGGGCUGACGUCAGAUGUGGUAGUGACGCUAGCCCUAGUACAAAGGCGGUGUAACUUUUAGACCCUAGGAUGUAGGACACGUGGCAUGAUCGAACAGUUCAGGAUGUGAUUUUUGGCCUCCCACCCAUGUUUCCCUAUAUAAGCCUCAUUUCCUAUUCAUUUUUUACUUUUUCACUAUCAGUAAACCUUGUUGGAGUCGUCGGGAUAAGGCGAGUCCUCCAGACUUUAAGUUGUUUGUUUUUAGAAAAGUCUAAAUUUAAGAUAGGAUGUCGAGCAGUGAUAGUAAUACGUCGUCCUCGAGUUCAGGAACCCCAACCGAGGACUUAGGAUAGUUAAUAAUACCUAUGGCCGUCCCCAUAAGUGUUAAUCCUCGAGCUCAGGAUAUCCCGAUACCGUUAGUAUACCCCGACCAACCUGUAGGUUUAAGGAGCACUUAGCAGUGGCAACUGCUAGGGAGUUCGGCCUGAUGCCGAGCUGUGAUAUUAGAUCUCCCGGGGAUGAGGAUAGGGUAGCCAUUGCUCGGGAAGGAGAGUUUGUCGUUUUUAAAGAUUCUCUGAAGAGGGGAUUUAGGUGGCCACUACAUCCUUUUUUCCUCGCACUUUUGACCGAGCAUAAUAUGAUUCCGGGGCAAUUAGUGUCGAACGGGUGGAGGAUGUUGACAUAUUUUUUUAUUGCUUGUAGAUACCUCGAGAUUAUCCUGUAUGUCGACUUAUGUAGGAUGGUCUUCGACCUAAAACAACUCCCCCAGUACUCUUGUUUUGCCUAUCUCUCAACCCGAUGAGGGUUUAGAAUCCCGAGGAUGCCUAGCUCCCUGAAAGGGUGGAAGGACAAGUGAUUUUAUGCCAUAUCUCAAGAUCCCAACGUUCCCUUUAGUCCUCGGUGGGGGGUGCCCGAUACUGCUAGGUUUUGUGGGGGUCAGGCGUAUUUUGAGUCGUUGGAGAGGCAUAGGCAAAUGCUAGAGGAGCUCGAGCCCCUCGUUUAUGACUUGGAUAAUAUCCUCGGGGAUGAUAUCCUCGAGCUUGCGAACAUGAAAGGCAUCAAGGAAAUGACGUUUGACCCAAGUGCCUUUCGUCAGGCAAUUAGCAAGAAGUCAAAGGUUCCCCAGGCUCGAGCUCCAGACCAGAGGAGGGGCCAAAAGAGACCUCGGGAUUCGAGGCUUGAAAAGCAGACCAGUGGGCCCGGUGAAUCGUCAAGGCCCUGAGGAUCGUCCCUGGGAGUAGGGAGGACGGGAACUCACCAACAAGAUCUUCAGGGGACUCCUCGAGAGCCUCAUCCUCGAGGACCUGUUGCAUGGUCGAUCUUGAGAAUGAAUGCCUGCCACUGGGCCCUAUAAAUCCCGAGGGAUGCUCCCGAUUUCAGUCCGUGCUCAGCAUUGUUGACAAGUACCGGGCAGAUGUCAAUUUAAGCAAUGGCUUGAGGGCUCUCGAGGCUAUGGCCUUGAAGACAUUGGGCAUAGCUCGAGGUCUUCCCUUAAAGGGGAAAGACGAGUAUUCAAAAAUGGCCGACCUCGAGGGUGCCAUUUCUAUUCGGGAUCUGAGGAUCGUCGACCUCGAGGAGGAACGUGCUCAACUGAUGAGGGAGCGCGAGCAGAUGAGAAAUGAUCUUCGCAAUGCUCAGGAUGAGGUCGGUACUGCGAAGGACAAGACUGAGCACCUCAAACUCGAGCUCGAGCGCACUCAAAAAGAAUUGGAUGCAAAGCUGGCCGAUACUCGAGAUGAUGCGGUCGAGGAUUUUAAGAAGUCUGACGCCUUCAACGAGUUGAAGGACAAGUAUGCUAUGGGCUCAUACUUUCAUGCCUUGAAGGAAGCUCGAGCUUUUAUUCGCCUGAGGCCAGAUGCUCGUCCUGAGGAUCUGAAGUCGAUUCCUGAGGUGGCUGAUGACCUUCAGCUUUCUGAGUCUGAAGAAAAUGGUGGGGAUGAAGACGUCGAUAUUGAGGGUGAUGAUGUCGAGGAAGGCCAAGGCAGUCAGAACACCGAUGUCUAAAUUUGAUCGGUCCCCGAGUAUUUAUUUUGAUUUGUAAUUUUUGAUGUAAAAUGCUCGAUCUUAAUGGAAAUAGUUUUUCCUUUUUA